GGACUCUCACCUCUUCCCGGAGGACGCCAUGCUCAGCUCCACGACCAACGUGCUCUGGGCUUCCUCCCGCCCCACAAUGCAACGCGACUUCCCAUCAAUCUUUCGUUUCUAGAAGAGCCAUCGCCAUCCGCCUUCAUGAACCUGCUGUGGUGGUCUAGUGCAGAGCGGCUUCAACGAGUGAAGCCAGUGAAGGAGAAAUCAGGAGACCAGUCCCCAGCCAUGGAAGGGGCGGUGCAGCUUCUGACCCGGGAAGGCCACAGCAUCUCCCACAAUUCAAAGCGGCACUACCACGAUGCCUUUGUCUGCAUGAACCGAAUGCGCCAACGGGGGCUCCUGUGUGACAUUGUGCUGCAUGUGGGGACCAAGGAAAUUAAGGGCCACAAAGUGGUGCUGGCAUCAUGUAGCCCUUAUUUCCACGCCAUGUUUACAAAUGAGAUGAGUGAGAGUCGGCAGACCCAUGUGACUUUGCACGAUAUUGACCCUCAAGCACUGGAGCAGCUGGUUCAGUAUGCUUACACGGCAGAGAUCGUGGUUGGAGAAGGAAAUGUACAGACUCUGCUGCCAGCCGCCAGUCUCCUGCAGCUGAAUGGAGUGAGAGAUGCCUGCUGCAAGUUCCUGCUCAGCCAGCUAGACCCAUCCAACUGCCUUGGCAUCCGUAGCUUUGCGGACACGCAUUCCUGCAGCGACCUGCUCAAGUCUGCGCACAAGUAUGUCCUGCAGCACUUUGUAGAGGUGUCCAAGACUGAAGAGUUUAUGCUGCUGCCUUUAAAACAGGUGCUGGACCUCAUCUCCAGUGACAGUCUGAAUGUCCCAUCUGAGGAGGAGGUGUAUCGGGCUGUCCUGAACUGGGUCAAACAUGAUGUGGAUGGUCGAAGACAGCACGUUCCCCGGUUGAUGAAGUGUGUGCGGCUCCCCUUGCUGAGCAGGGAUUUCUUGAUGAGCAGCGUAGACACAGAGCUUCUUGUACGUCAUCAUUCGGAGUGCAAAGACCUUUUGAUUGAGGCGCUGAAGUACCACCUGAUGCCAGAACAGCGGGGGGUUCUCAGUAACAGUCGAACCAGACCAAGACGCUGCGAGGGAGCCAGCACCGUCCUCUUUGCAGUAGGUGGUGGCAGUCUCUUUGCUAUACAUGGUGACUGUGAAGCGUAUGAUACCCGCACUGACCGCUGGCACAUGGUAGCCUCCAUGUCUACAAGACGAGCCCGAGUGGGAGUAGCAGCUAUCGGAAAUAAACUUUAUGCAGUGGGUGGGUAUGAUGGAACGUCCGAUCUUGCCACAGUAGAGUCAUAUGACCCUGUGACAAACACUUGGCAGCCAGAGGUUUCCAUGGGAACCCGACGUAGUUGUCUUGGUGUGGCGGUACUUCAUGGACUGUUGUAUGCUGCAGGUGGAUAUGAUGGCGCUUCUUGCUUAAACAGUGCAGAGCGAUAUGACCCCCUCACAGGCACAUGGACAUCUAUCGCUGCUAUGAGCACUAGACGUAGAUAUGUCAGAGUGGCAACACUAGAUGGUAACCUUUAUGCAGUCGGGGGAUAUGACAGUUCUUCUCACUUGGCCACGGUGGAAAAAUAUGAGCCUCAGUUCAGGGUGUCACCAGCAGAGAGCAGUCUCUUCCCCUUUAAAAUGGUUUCCAGUGUUCUCAGGUAUAAGUGA